UCCAUCCAAAAUUCACCCAACUGUCAAUCCUGAUUUCAAACAGUUAAUACAAAAAAAAGGUAAAAACUAAGGCGCAAAAAUGCUCUGCAAAUGUAGACAUCUUUCGUUAAAAUCCACUAUAAAAGGAAAUAUUUGGAGCCUUUAUCUUUGAGCGCGUAUAUUAUAUAUACACUCCUCACUCCCACACUGCAAUCUUCUUCCUCGAGAGCUGAAUCAUUCAGUCCUGCUCUCCGACGAUUCGUGUAUGGGCUAAUCAGUCCAGUUGAUGCUGUUCUGUGUUCAAAAUUUUCAGAGGCAGAGGUGUGCUAUAACAAAUAAUUGAAGGAUAGAAGUUGAAGCAAUGGCUUUAGGGAAAUACUCUAGAGUUGAUGCUAGGAAAUCAUCGUCAGGCUAUUGUUCGACAGUCACAAUUGUGGUUUUCAUAGCCUUUUGUCUAGCUGGGGUAUGGAUGAUGACGUCUUCCUCUGUAGCCCCUGGUGAGACUACUGAUGUUUCACAGGAGAAUAAAAGUGAGGAGAGAACACCUGCAACUGAGAUCAGUGCAAAGAACAACAACGAUGCUACCAACGCUGAUAAUGUUCCAAAUGAUGAUGCUAAACAAAAGCAGUUUGAGGAUAACCCGGGGGAUUUACCUGAGGAUGCAACCAAAGGGGAUUCAAAUGCAAGCCAGGUGGAGAAAAAUGAUGUUCCUGAGGACACGGAUAAAACCACAGAGGAAAAGCCGGAAGAGAAAUCAGCGGAUGAAAAGAAAGAUGGCGGAGAAGAGAAAGGAGAUGGAUCGAAAGAUGAUGAGAAAAAUAAAGUUCAAGUGAAUCAAGAUUCCGAAGCUGGAGAAACUAAAGAAAGUAAAUUAGAUAAUGAGAAGGCUGAAGAAGACUCAGGUAAAACAGAUGGUCAGACAGAGGAGAAGGCGGACAAAGAGAAUUCCACUGAGGAAAAGGAAAAAUCCAAUGAUGUGUUACCAUCUGGGGCCCAAUCAGAUCUGGCAGAUGAAUCAACAACUCAAAAUGGAUCGUUUUCUACUCAGGCUGCAGAGUCAAAAAAUGAGAAAGAAGCCCAAAAGUCAUCUGGUUCUCAGGACCCAAGUAAAUACAGUUGGAAGCUUUGUAACACAACAGCUGGACCCGAUUACAUUCCGUGCCUUGAUAACUUGCAGGCAGUAAAGAAACUUAGAACAACUAGACACUAUGAACACAGAGAGAGACAUUGUCCAGAAAAUCCACCUACCUGUCUUGUUCCCCUUCCUGAAAAAUAUCAACGCUCAAUAGAGUGGCCUAAAAGUCGGGAAAAGAUCUGGUACCAUAACAUUCCCUACACCCAACUUGCAGAUUUUAAAGGACACCAAAAUUGGGUUAAAGUUAGUGGUGAAUACCUUACCUUCCCUGGUGGUGGAACCCAGUUUCCGCAUGGUGCUCUUCACUACAUUGACUUCAUACAGCAGUCCGUGCCCGAAAUUGCCUGGGGGAACCGAUCCCGAGUGGUUCUGGAUGUUGGCUGCGGAGUUGCUAGCUUUGGGGGUUUCCUCUUUGAUAGGGAUGUCUUAACCAUGUCAUUUGCUCCAAAAGAUGAGCAUGAGGCUCAGGUUCAGUUUGCACUUGAAAGAGGAAUUCCGGCAAUAUCUGCUGUCAUGGGUACCAAGAGGCUUCCAUAUCCUGGAAGAGUUUUUGAUAUCGUCCAUUGUGCGCGUUGCCGGGUGCCUUGGCACAUUGAAGGUGGGAAACUUCUAUUGGAGCUGAAUCGCUUACUACGACCUGGAGGCUUCUUUGUUUGGUCUGCCACUCCCGUUUACCAAAAACUUGCUGAAGAUGUUGAGAUAUGGGAAGCCAUGAAGAAAUUGACUAAAGCUAUAUGCUGGGAAGUUGUUUCGAUAACCCAGGACAGAAUAAAUGGAGUAGGAGUUGCGGUUUAUCGCAAACCUAAGACAAAUGAGUGCUAUGAACAAAGGUCAAAGAAUGACCCUCCCUUAUGUCAAGAUUCUGAUGACCCGAGUGCUGCCUGGAAUGUGCCUCUUGAAGCAUGCAUGCACAAAAUACCUGUUGCUUCUUCAGAACGUGGAUCUCAAUGGCCCGAACAAUGGCCUGCGAGGUUGCAGAAAGCGCCUUACUGGCUGUCAAGUUCGGAGGUCGGAGUUUAUGGUAGACCAGCUCCAGAAGAUUUUGUGUCCGAUUACAAACACUGGAAACGUGUUGUAAAGAACUCAUAUCUCCAAGGACUUGGAAUAGACUGGCCUAAUGUAAGGAAUGUCAUGGAUAUGCGAGCAGUCUAUGGAGGAUUGGCAGCUGCUAUGAGAGAGAUGAAUAUUUGGGUAAUGAAUAUUAUCAAUAUAGAUGCUCCCGAUACACUUCCUGUAAUCUAUGAACGCGGCCUAUUUGGAAUUUAUCAUGACUGGUGUGAAUCAUUCAGUACCUACCCAAGAUCUUAUGAUCUUCUUCAUGCUGACCACCUCUUCUCCAAGAUUAAGAAAAAGUGUAAUUUCAUGGCCUUGGUAGCGGAAGUUGAUCGGAUUUUAAGACCCGAAGGAAAGAUCAUCAUCCGGGACAAGGUGGAUGUCAUCACCGAGCUUGAGGCCAUAUUCAAAUCUAUUCAAUGGGAUAUUCGCAUGUCCGUCUCUAGGGACAAGGAAGGAUUGCUUUGCGCUAAGAAAUCUAUGUGGCGACCUAAAGACGAAGAGAAGGUAACGUACGCCCUUUCUUGAAAAGCAUACAUGGUUUUGAUACCAAUGAGGUUAGGUAUUUUUUGGUUAUGAAUGCCUUGGCUUAAAUAGCAUAUUUUUAGUUGUUUAGUUGGGUGAUUUUUAUGAAGUUUUGUCCCUGUGUUAAUAGUGGUGGCCUUUGAAGGGCAGUCAAUACACACAUCCCCUCUAUUGUAAGGCCCACACCUUCAUUCGACUGCAAAUCACACCACUGUUAUCAUUCAAAUGCAAUUAUUCUUACCAAUCUUGUGAUUUUUCAAUUUUCGUA